AGUAGCUAAAUACUCGAGGACACGUUUUUUCUUUCUGUUUUGUUCAUGCAUUUUAGAACAACAUCUAAUAAUAAUACUGCAGUUUUACAGCAGAAUGCUGUAAACAGUUUUCAGCAUUGAUACAGUCAUUUAGCAGACUUAUAACACAGCAAAAGAUGGAUGCUAUGGGUAUGUAGCUAACAGCCUCCUGUAGGUAGCCUAGUUAUAUAUGGCUUCAAACUUGCCGUGGACAUUGUAGCUAUUUUAGCACACAGUUUAUUUUUAUAUGAGGGAUCUAUAUGUCUCUAUGGCCCCAGCGAGCUAGUUUUGCAACCUGGUCUCAGAGCAUGUCGUAUUAUUCUGUAUGUAAAUCAACACCUGCCGUUUAUUAUAUGUUAAGUUUCGUAUGGUAUGUAAUCAUUUGUGGACGUCCAUUAGCCAUUUUGUAUGAUAUGUUACGAAGUACAAUAUUACGUAUUAUAUUACGUAUUAUAUGUAACACAUUUUCAAACGUACAAUAUGUUACGAAUUUGCAAAUGUAUGAUAUGUUAAGAAUUCUAGCUUGGUGGCUAACGUUAGGGUUAAGUUUAGGAGUUAGGUUAAAGGGUUUGGGGAAAGGUUAGCUAACAUACUAAGUCAUUGCAAAGUAGCUAAAAAGUAGUAAGUAGUUGAUAAAAUGCUAAAGUUGUCCUUGAUGAGAUUCGAAUUAGCAACCUUUGUUUUUUUUUAAUUUUUUAAUUUUACCUUUAUUUAACCAGGCAAGUCAGUUAAGAACAUAUUCUUAUUUUCAAUGACAGCCUGGGAACAGUGGGUUAACUGCCUGUUCAGGGGCAGAACGACAGAUUUGUACCUUGUUAGCUCGGGGGUUUGAACUCGCAACCUUCCGGUUACUAGUCCAACGCUUUAACCACUAGGCUACGCUGCCGCCCCAAUAGACAUUCGUUGAUAGACAUUCGCAGUUCGACGCGAGAUCACUGUUAGACGAUGACUUGUUUCUUUCUGCGCAUGAGCUUAGCUAGCCAACGUUGCCAUGACAUGUCCUACAAGCAAGAUCAGGGAUUUCUAUUGGAGAAGCAGUUAUCUUUAUACUGUACUGUCUUUGAUAUUACUGUACAUCCUUCUCUACACAAUAGAUUACCCCCUCCCUUUCUCCUCCCUGCGCCUUUUGGUCCCACCUCUACGGCUAUUGUCUGCAUUUAUGUGGCAGGUAGCGCAUCAGAGGGCCAUCAAGCACUAUGGAAAGUUAGAGGAGUUUGUGACAGUGGUUACACAAACUGUCCCAGAACUUAUAACUGACAGACAGAGGACAUUGCUUCUUCUGGCAUUAAGGGCAAGGGUAACUCUUCAGCUGUUUCAAGGUGAGCAUCCAGAAGACCUCAACAAAAUUAAGAUCCAUCUUGACAGAUUCUCAUCCUGUGGUCUUUCACAGAAUAAUGAUGCACAGAUGCAUGAGUUGGAAGAGAACUUCCUCAAGCUCACCAAAAACCUUCUUGAAGACCCAGUCGAGAGGAUCCAAUUCUUCAAGGCAGAUUUCCCUGUGGUGUAUGGCUGUGAUUUUGACAGAGCUUUGCAAGCACUUGUUUCUCAGUUCCUCUCCAGACUAGAAGAUCUGCUACCAGUGCCAGACCUUAAGCAGACUGCAUCCUGGCUCAGCGCUGUACCCUCUGCCUUGGAUGAGUGUCUGCAGUCUCUUUCUCACACAGAGGACCUGCAAUACCUGCUUCAGCACCACACAUGCUGUGGAAAGUUAGACAAACCAUUUCCCUCCCCGGCAGAAGACUGCAUCCUCGCUUCACUGUCCCUCCCUACCACAGUGGGAGUGGCAUAUACCUUUGACAGCAAAUUAGAUGUCUUGCUUAACUUGGAAGGCUCUACCCAUGUAAGCAGAGAGAUGGAAACUUUGUCAGACAGCAGAGAUUAUCAACAGGCAGAAUCAAGAGCACGUUUAGAUGGAAACCAGAACAUUAAAGAAGAUCGAGUGUCUACCAUGGGUAGCGAUGAUGAUGAAUGCACAGACAGAGGUGUGGAAGAGGAGACUGAAAACACAAGUGCUGUGGGAAGGGUUAUUUCCGAAGCAAAGGACCAGAGGAGAUGUGAAGGGGCUGUUGGGGACCUGUGCGCUGCUGGAGCACCAGACCUCGCAGCCAACUCUCCAAUGGUCACCUCCAGUGUGGCUCAAAAACCCUCCAUAUUUCCCGCCCAACUUACACUCAAGAUCAAAGGGGACCACAGAGUCAAUUCCUCCAAGAGAUCUAGAAAGAGCCCAGAAGGGAGGAUGGCUGAGUCCAGUGUGAACUCUGAUACACCUCUGCUUGAAUCCUCACAGGAAACGACUGGUGCUGAAGAAUCAAGACCAUUUUCUACAGACCAUGAUGACACAGAAGAGGAAAACAACGAACCUGCUUCUCGGCUGUCUAGCUGCGCUCAACCACCACCUAGUGACGUAUCGCCAUCCUCUGAGACCCUAUCAAAAGCAUUGUCCACUGCACGGCGUAUUGCCAACAAGUGCUCCCAGUGUGGAAGGUGUUUUAUCUAUCCAUCUCAACUGGUUCAGCAUCAGCGAAUUCACACUGGAGAUCGACCCUACAAAUGCACCCAGUGCGGAAAGACUUUCAGUAAUUCAACUGGGCUUUCAAAACACCACCAAAAACACUGUCUAGACGCGACCUUCGAUUGCCCCAAGUGCGGAGAGAGUUUCAGAUCUCUCCGCGAGCGGUUCAAACACUUAUCUACUCACAAGUCCCUCAAAUGUCUGUUGUGUGGAAAGAGUUGCCAGACGACUUCUGAUUUGCGAAAGCACCAGCAAACACAUAGUGUGACGCCGUCGUUCAACUGCUCUCUCUGUGAAAAAAGUUUCAAGUUCCUGUCAAGCCUAACCAGGCACAACAGGACCCAUUCAGUGGAGGGGGGGUAUGCUUGUUCCAAGUGUGGGAAAACAUUUGGAUCUUUGAGUGAACGGCUCCAACAUAAGAGGACACAUAGGGCGCAGCUCAACUGUACGGAUUGCGGACGGAGUUGCAGUUCCCGCUCCGAACUAAAGAGUCACCAGCAAACUCACUCUCGUGAACCUCUCUUCAACUGUCGACACUGUGAAGACAAAUUCUUUGGGUCAGUUGAGCUGAAGAUCCACCAAAAAACUCAUGCAGUGGACAAACCCCAUCAGUGUGAUGCGUGUGGAAAGUGCUUUGGUGCCUUAGCCACACUUGUACUCCACCAACGGACACACACGGGGGAGAAACCCCACACAUGUCCUCGUUGUAAUAAGCAGUAUAUCUCCAAAAGUCAGCUGACUUCACACAUGCGGACUCACACGGGCGAGCGUCCAUACAGCUGCUCUUACUGUGGGAAGUGUUUCUCUCAGUUGGCUAAUCUUACUGUGCACACAAGGAUUCACACGGGGGAGAGACCUCACAUCUGCUCUCGGUGCAAGAAAGGGUUUUGCUCAGUCGGUGACCUGCAGAAGCAUGAGCGCUCUCACACCAAAGAGAAACCUUACAGGUGUACAGUUUGUGGAAAGGCCUUCACAGUGUCAAGUCAUUUGACGGUUCACAUACGAAGUCACACAGGAGAGCGCCCCUACACCUGCCCUGAGUGUGGAAAGAGUUUUGCGCAGAGCUCUGUCUUAACUAAACAUCAAUUCACCCAUACAGGAGAGAGGCCAUACCCAUGCCAUCACUGUGUAAAAAGUUACACCCGUCUCACACACUUGAAGAGACACCUACAAACACACACUUGAGUGUCCGGUGUGUUUUCCUGUUUUGGUUUCUUUCUGAAAAGCGUUACCAUAGAUUGCUGUUCCACUGUCUGUCAGUGUGUUAUGCUGAAUAACAUCAAUGUAUAACUGAAAACCAUGCUCACCAUGCCUUUUUGUGAAACUGUAGUUUGUGUACAUUACUGCCAACAUGGAUGGAAAAUAAAGAUUUCAAAAUAUAAAAUAACCUCUUUCAGGUUAUAGUAUGUGUCAUAUAAAUGAGCCAUUUUUUGAUACUUUCUAGCUUGGGCCUGCUUCUCUCUGGACGUUUGGGCCUGCUUCUCUCUGGACGUUUGGGCCUGCUUCUCCCUGGACGUUUGGGCCUGCUUCUCCCUGGACGUUUGGGCCUGCUUCUCCCUGGACGUUUGGGCCUGCUUCUCUCUGGACGUUUGGGCCUGCUUCUCUCUGGACGUUUGGGCCUGCUUCUCCCUGGACGUUUGGGCCUGCUUCUCCCUGGAAGUUUGGGCCUGCUUCUCCCUGGACGUUUGGGCCUGCUUCUCCCUGGACGUUUGGGCCUGCUUCUCCCUGGAAGUUUGGGCCUGCUUCUCCCUGGACGUUUGGGCCUGCUUCUCCCUGGAAGUUUGGGCCUGCUUCUCCCUGGAAGUUUGGGCCUGCUUCUCCCUGGACGUUUGGGCCUGCUUCUCCCUGGACGUUUGGGCCUGCUUCUCCCUGGACGUUUGGGCCUGCUUCUCCCUGGAAGUUUGUGGUUUGAGUCAGUUUAUUUUGAAUGUAACAAAUGUCAGCAUAAAAACCAAUACAAAAACUGGGAAGACAAUAUUUGAACUUUGGAAUACAACUGUAUUGUUUUUCUUCUAUGCAAAUGAAAGCUGUUACAGUAGGCUUAAUUUAUUAUAUUCUACCUUACCUAUUCUAUAUGUAAUAAGCAUUUGGCUUAAUUAAAAAUAAUACACAGAAACAGGUGUGUACUAAAUGUAAAUAUUGUUUUUUAUUAAACUUGUAUUUAUUACCGUU